CUGGGCGAGGGACAGAUGGCUGCUCAGGUAACUUUUGAUGUACCUUGGUCUCCUGAAUGUAUAGAUAGGAGAUGUUACAAUUAUACUGGGAUUGCUGACUCCUGUGAUUUUGUGUUUGUGAUGUCUUAUGAUGAGCAGAGUCAAGUGUGGUCACGCUGCAUAGCAAGAGCCAAUGCUCCAUAUAACCAAACAUUAGCAGGGUAUGACAAUUACACUUUCAUGGGCAUUAACCAAAAGAAGUUGGUGAUGGGAGUUCCAUGGUAUGGAUAUGAUUAUCCUUGUCAAAAUUUAUCAAAGACUCAUGAGUGCAUCAUUGAAAAAAUCGCUUUCCGGGGAGCUCCAUGUAGUGAUGCUGCAGGACGUCAGGUUCCAUAUAAAACAAUAAUGUCUCAAGUGAAUAGUUCUCUUUCUGGGAUUCUGUGGGAUGAGGAGCAGAAAGCACCAUAUUUGGAAUAUAAGGAUUCAGGUGAUGUUUUUCAUCAAGUAUGGUUUGAUGAUCCCAGGAGUAUUUCUCAGAAAGCUGCCUAUGUGAAGAAACAUGGCCUGAGGGGCAUUGGAAUGUGGAAUGCAAAUUGUCUUGAAUAUUCUGGGAGUUUAGAAAGGAAGCAACAGACAGAAGCAAUGUGGGAUGCCUUGAUGCCAAAAUAAUGUGUGUGUGUACACUGCCAUUUUAAAUUUAAUGCUGUUUUAAUUAUGCACCAUUUGAGUUUUAAUUAUACUAUAUUACACUUAAUCUGUCUUCAGACCCCCUUCACUUUUGUCAAUUUUGUUAUGCUUCAGCUUGUUUCUGCAGUUA